AUGUAUUCUGUGCUCGAUAUCCCGCAUUCUGGCAGCCAGCCAUUUACUGACUAUUCACGUUGGCGUCUUCUGUGUAAUGACGGAGGUCGUCACACUUGGCAUUACCUUGAAACUGACGAGGAGUGUGAAGCCUGGCCUCAAAAUUCAGUCGAUAAAUAUUGGAUAGGCAUACCCCUGAACCUACCAGCUCUUCCCAAACCUCAAAAUCCCUUGGAGGCAGCUCGGAACGGAUACACGUUCUACAAACACCUGCAAUCUGACGAUGGCCACUGGGCUGGCGAAUAUGGGGGACCUAUGUUCCUCCUCCCAGGUCUUGUUAUUGGUUCUUACGUCACUGGAAUGAGCUUCAAGAAGGAAGAACGGUUGGAGAUGAUACGGUACCUCCUUAACCGUGUCAACCCAGAAGAUGGCGGAUGGGGAAUACAUAUCGAAGGUCAUUCCACCGUCUUUGGUACCGCGCUUAAUUAUGUAGCCAUGCGUAUCCUGGGGGUUCAAGCCGACCACCCAGCUCUUGUCAAAGCUCGAGGGACUCUUCAUAAACUCGGUGGGGCUGCGGCCAGUCCUGCAUGGGGCAAGUUUUGGCUUGCAGUGUUGAACGUAUAUGAUUGGGAAGGACUAAACCCUGUUCCCGCCGAGUUGUGGCUUCUCCCCGAUUGGCUGCCAUUCCACCCUCAUCGAUGGUGGAUACAUACGCGGACUGUGUACAUUCCAAUGAGUUAUCUAUAUGGUAUCCGUUACAAAAUGGAAGAGAACGACUUCAUUCGAUCUCUACGAGAGGAACUAUACCUUAAGGACUAUUACUCCAUAAAUUGGCCAGCUCAGCGAAACAACGUCUCAGAAGCGGACCUGUAUUCCCCUCAUACCACCAUCUUUGACCUUAUCAACAAAGUCCUGGGCGCGUAUGAAUCGUGCUCUAUCCCAUCUCUUCGCAACGCAGCCCUGAAGCGUGCUUACGAGCUGAUAGUCCUUGAAGACGAAAACACGCAAUACCAAACUCUAGGACCCGUCUCAAAGAUGAUGAACCUCAUUUGCAGGGCACACGUCGAAGGCCCGGAAAGCGAGGCGUACAAGCAGCAUGCGAUCAAGCGCCAGGAUUUCAUGUGGCUUGGUCAAGAGGGUAUGAUGAUGUGUGGGACCAACGGGAGUCAACUGUGGGAUAUUGGUUUUAUCACACAGGCCUUGGUGGAGACUGGUUUGGCGAAAGAGGAAGAAAACAAGGAGAGCCUGAGGAAAGCGUUGGAGUGGUUGGAUGUUUGCCAGAUUCAGGAUAACCCUAAAUAUUACGAGAGAUCGUAUAGACAUACGACGAAGGGAGCUUGGCCUUUCAGCACGAAAGAACAAGGAUAUACGGUCAGUGACUGCACUGGUGAAGGCUUGAAAUCGGUUAUGUAUCUGCAAAAUCAAGUGGAGGGCACAGAGAAGAUCAUAUCGGAAAGACGACUGUGUGAUGCUGUCGAUGUCCUGUUUACGAUGCAAAAUCCCAACGGAGGUUUUGCCAGCUACGAACUUGUGAGAGGCCCACAAUGGCUCGAGUGGCUCAAUCCUGCUGAGGUGUUUGGUGACAUUAUGAUUGAAUUUUGCUAUCCCGAGUGCACUACGUCGGUCAUCACCUCCCUAUCCAUUUUCAAGAAACAUUAUCCACACUACCGUUCUGCUGAGAUUGAUGUCACUAUUCAUCGUGCCAUUGGAUAUCUUCACGAGGCACAGAGGCCAGAAGGCGGCUGGGUUGGCUCGUGGGGGAUAUGCUUCACAUAUGCAACCCAGUUCGCUCUUGAAAGUUUAGCACUGGCGGGAGAGAAUUACGGGAACAGCAAAUCAGUACAAAGGGCCUGUAAAUUUUUGCUCGACAAGCAAAGAGCUGAUGGAGGCUGGGGAGAGAGCUACAAGUCCUGUGAAAAGGUGAUGUGGAUUGAGCAUGCAAAUUCACAAGUCGUGCAGACUUGUUGGGCGGCAAUGGCUCUGAUGUACGCGAGCUAUCCCGACCCUGAGCCAAUAGAGAAAGCAGUCAAGCUCGUGAUGUCGCGACAAUUGCCGGACGGGUCGUGGCCCCAGGAAGCUAUCGAGGGUGUGUUUAAUAAGACUUGCGCGAUAUCAUAUCCGAACUUCAAGUUCUCGUUUCCGAUUUGGAUGCUUGGACGGGCCCAUAAAUAUCUUGGCCAGUUAGAAAGAGGGAGUUAGGGAGAAGGUCCGGGAGGAAUAGGGACUGGGAGAGAGAGAUAUGGAUUUGGGGGAGUGCUGAGAAGAUGGACUGACAUCCGUUCCGUCUCGACGAAUCGCCACAAACCGGUGCAGGAACAAGCCCGAAGGAGCCGUAGCUUUAUGUCAGAAAAUAGACGCCGUAGGCAGCGAUCGCAGUGCUACGCCUGUUAUAUAUUUCAUUCCUUACGGGCAAUAUAAUCUGAUAAACACA